CAAGUAUAGCAAUGCAUUGUGGGAAUAACGCCGUCAACUUCCUUUCAUAACGCCGGCCUUUUAUCGCCACAUCGACUUCACGAGUCAAGCUGCUGAGAAGAUGGGAAUGCGAAGACCAAGAAGCACAAAGAACCCUCCGGUGUUCAGUCAUGAGUUUUUCAUCCAGAAUCACGCAGACAUUGUGUCAUGUGUGGCCAUGGUUUUUGUCAUAGGACUAAUGUUUCAGGCAACAGCUCCAGUGGCAUCUCUCUUUGUGACACUACAGAACAAUGUCACUAAAACUAAUAAUGACACUGGGGAGGAGGUGACCAGCUACAUGGUGGGACUGAAGGACCUCUUCUGUGUCUUCUUCUACCUCCUCAUCUGUAUCGUGGUCCACGCAGUCAUCCAGGAGUACAUUCUGGAUAAACUGAACAGGAAAAUGCAUUUGUCUAAAGUAAAGCACAGCAAGUUUAAUGAGUCUGGACAGUUACUGGCGUUUUAUGGAGCUUCUGCUGUGUGGGGCGCUGACAUCAUCAUCAAGGAAGGUUUUGUGAAUAUUAACCAGCUUUGGGAAAAUUACCCACAUAGUGAGCUGUCGUUCAUUGUGAAGUUUUUCUUCAUCAUGCAAAUUUCCUACUGGAUCCAUUGUUUCCCUGAGCUUUAUUUCCAGAAAGUGAAGAAGGACGAGAUGUCAUCAAGAAUUCAGUACGCAGUUCUUUACCUUGUAUUCAUAUCUGGAGCUUUCUUCUUAAAUUUCAACAGAGUAGCCCUUUGUAUGAUAGUACUUCACUACACAGUAGAAUUUGUCUUCCACCUCGCUCGUCUUUUGUACUUUGCUGAGAAAACUGACUUAGCCAAUCAUGGAUUUAUGGUUUUCAAUGCUCUGUUUGUGCUAGUUAGACUGGGAACUAUUACCUUGUCUGUCUUAACCUUUUGGUAUGGUUUAGAGCAGACCAACCAACCCAAUAUUGAUGUAGCGACAGGAAAUUACAAUACUCAAAUGAUUAGGAUAAACUGUCUGGCUGCCGUGUGUCUCCUGCAGGCCUGGAUGAUGUGGAACUUUAUUAACUUCCAUCUCCGAAGAAUGAGGGAACGGGGAGCUGCUUCCAGAAAGCUUAGGUCUCCCAAGAAAACCAAAUCUAAGGCUUCAGAUGAGGAUAUAAGCUCACUGCCAGAGGCUGAUCAGAACACUGCCACCGAGAACGGCAUCAGGGCCAGAAAAGUCAAGAAAAACUAAGAGAACACCAUCUUAUGGCCAAGUACUGGUGAAGCAUCACACGCAACAGAGGCUUAAAGAAAUAGAAAGGAUCUGAAUUUAUUUUGUUUAUUUUGAGUAACUUUUUAUAUUUUUAAGCAGUAAAGAAAACUGGAAUUGUUAUUUAAUGAGAAUGAUUUAAGAAAAAUUUUCUUCAGUCAAGUAGAUCAUAAGUUGUUUAUAAAAAUUUUUUUUUAUAAAACUUUGCAGUUUGUUUGGUUAUAAUAUUGUUUGUUGCAGUGUUACAUAAUUUGCUAAUUCCUCUGCCAAAUUGAUUGAUUUUAAAUAAUUAUAUAUUUAUAGAAACAAGGUUGUUUUAAAAGUUGCUUGCAAAGAUGAGUAAAAUGUUCAACAUUUGUUAAAUUGUUUUUAAUGUAAUUGUUACAUUUGUAGUUCAUACAAAUGAUACAUUUGUAGGAUGUUAGUGUUUAUAUCACACAGUGCAAGCUAAUGUCAUUAUCAGACAUUCAACAAACAAGAAAAAAAAAUGUAGAAAAAGACCUAAGCAAAAAAUGUGACAUUGCAUUGUAUG